UCGAAUUUUUUUCGCCUUGUGGCACGCUCUCGCUCGCACGUGCCUGGAACAGAGAGAGAAACGUAUGCUAUAUAAACACAAGCGAUGAGAGGAAAAUUAUCAUUUACAUCAGAGACAUCAGAGACUUCACGCAUCAAGAUGAGUUCUCCAUCUUCAGCAUCUUACAUCCUGCCGGAUAGCCCACCCCCGCAGCGUGUGCUAAACCACUGGCAGCGCAAAGCUGCCGAGUCCUGCGCCGCCUCUUCCGCUGCCGCUGCCGCCUCUGCUGCCGCCUCCGCUGCCUCCCCCGCCUCCUCCUCCGCCUCACCCCUGAAGAGACGGGGAAUCUUCGUUCAACGAGAGAGGGGUGAGGAGAUCGUGAUUCCGGACAGUCCUCUGCCGCAAUCUACAGCGCCUACCUGGGCACCGCGGCGUGCGGUGCUGACAACGCUGAGCAACAAGAUCAAGCAGAGACAGGCCAAGAGGAAACUAGCCUUCGAGGAGGCUGAAGUCAGCGGCGAAGAGGAGGAUGAGGUGCUCACUCAAUCAAAGAAACGUGUGGUGGAUGAGGACAGCUCCAUAACGCCUCUUUUGCGGGAGGAGGAGGAAGCGGAGAACGAGAUGGAGGUGGAGACGGAGGAGUUGCUUGCGAUUAUUAAUCGCACAGAGAAACCGUGGACGCCUCUCCGGCAGUUGGUGGAGAACACGCCGUACCCCAUCGUGGCGGUACGCCAGAUUACCAACCAACAUGGGCGGCGCGUAAUAUUAAAAGUCCAUUUGACAGCUUCACGACUGACGGACAUAUACAUGCCGGAGAGGUACAGCUCCAUUUUGAGCUCAAAAGACAUUGAACAAUUUAAUAAAAAUUGCAAAUCAUUAUGUCUCUUUGUGAAGCAUGUUAAUGCUUUUUUAACUGACAUAAAUAUUGUUAAGUGCAAAAUUAGCAAAUUUGGCAUUUGACAAUAUUUAUCUCGCUGAGCAUUAACAUGCUUUACAU